GCUGCUUACAAGCAGACAAGAGUAUAUGAACUUUAAAUGGCUUUCUAUUCACAUAGGAAUAAUAUUUGACUGUUGUAAUGUUGAGGUUUUCCUCUUUUUUUGUUGCCAUGCUGUCCAUGACUGAUUGUGAGUGAAAGCGUUUUGGUAGAUUCAGCAGAUUGGAUGGCUCAGAUUCUGGGGCUAUGGGUCACAUGCACCCUUAAUCCGUCAAAUAAAUUUCCUUGUUUGCCUGAGAUACAUGAGUUACUACCAUUAUCCUCAGCUAACAUAUAUAGAGUAUCCCAUCAUGAUUGUGCAAGAUAUCAUUCUUUGCCUGCUUGUUCUGCAUUACAAUGGCAAAAUGAAGCAUGCUUUGCCUUACACAGUCAUAUUUGUGGCAGGAUGGUAUGCUAUAUCUCUGCAGAAAUGGAUAUUGGACUUGAGUAUGAACUUGAGCACAGUAGUCAGCGCAGCAAGUAAACUUGCUCAGCUCCGGUGUCUUUGGCAGACUAGAGAUUCUGCACAAGUGAGUGCCACAACUUGGGGAUUAGCCACAUACACCUGUGCAGCAAGAAUAUUUACAACAUUAAUGACUACAAAGGAUUCUACAGUUCUGAUCCGUUUCGUAGUCAUGACGGCUCUUAACAUUUGGGUCAUAGCUACUAUAUUGGAAUACCGGAAGGCUAAGAAGCUUGACUAAGAUGGAGAUCCUGCCUAUUUUAAAUGACAUGGACUAAAAUGAAAACGGAACCAGUACCAAAAUGUCAGCUUGUUUCAACAAACCGACCAACGUUCCAUUAAGUGGGAGGUGGUGUUUACAUACUGUACAUAUACCUAAAAAUUCAGAACGAACUCUUCAGAUGUAUUGGGAUAUUUAUACUUGCUGUUUGUAAAAAUAACUCGCUAGGUUACUUAGGAAGUGUUUCAGAGGUAUAUUUUGUAUCAGCAGAUUGCAUAACAGACUUCCCCUGGCUGUCCUCCUUUCCCCCCCAUCCCCUGAUCAUAUCUAAAGCAUAUUGGGGGGAUCUAUUUUGUGGCAGAAACGUUCCUCUUACAGAAAGAGUGGAAUUUCAUUUCAGAGCUAUCCCUCUUUGUGUGUGU